AUGGCCGAUGUCAGAAACAUGAGCAAUUAUCUCCCAAAGUGUGUGGUGUACGUCCUUGCUCGCAGCGCUUCAUUAUCACACGGAUUCGUCGCCGUUUACGACCGAUGCAUGUCUUUAUUCGCAACAACCGCAGUAUACAUUAACAAAAUUCGUCGGGUAAUGAUAACUCCAUUUUUUGGACUUUUACUCAUUGCAAAAACAGCAGCUCUAUCAUGGUCAACCGACAUAUAUGAUAAAAAUACAUGCGGUUUACCCAUGGAAGGAUACGAAGCCUACCCUUUUACAGAGGAAGCUACAAGACAAGAAAGAAUAUCAAGCGUCCGUGCUAUGCGAGGCGAAGUACCAUGGUCCGUCUUCCUUGAUCUGAGCUAUUGGAAUAACUUUUGCGAAGGAACGCUUAUCACAAGGAGACAUGUGUUAACGGCUGCUCAUUGCUUUGCACGGAAAGAAAACAUGGAUGAAUGCAAAAAGGAAGAUAUGGCUUAUCCACACGAUGCCUUAGAUUUUGCACAAGCGUAUGUCGGAGGACGCUGUCGACACUUUGACAGAGACGCUUGCGAUGAUGAGGAGCUUGGCGAAAAAAUUAGCAUAUCGAGAGUUUACUUCGAUGAGUUCUUCUUAUAUAAUUGCCAUGGUAAACAAAAUUUGGCUCUGAUAGAAUUAGAAGAAGAUGUACCUGCGAAAUAUCACCACAUCUGCCUUCCUUUCCUCUACGAUGCGGAAAAGUUGGUCGAAAGUCCUCAUCUGAGAAUGACCUCUUACGGGUAUAUUUCGGAUCCGGGCGAUGAUCCUGACGCAGAUCUUGAAGUCCAGCCGUACUUACAAAAGCUAGACUUAGGAGAAAGUAUGUCACAGGAGGAAUGCAAAAGAAUGAGUAAGCAGAAGCCGGAGGGCACUUUCUGCACGUACGGGAUGAAUAGCGUAAAUUAUUGUAAGACUGUAAGUGGAGGAGGUGUCACAACUAUGAUAGAUGGCAAAGCAUAUCUAAUGGGUGUAGUAUCUUUUGGAAAAUGGUGUAAAGAAAUGAAGCAUAAGGAAGGACCCAAAGUACAAAUCCAUACCGACAUUAUGUAUCAGUCGAAGCUUAUUGAUAAGUUUGUGCGUGACUGGCACAAUAUUCUAUGUCGUGAUUGAAUAAACCUUUAUUACAA